AUGGCCUAUCGCCAGCGACGUUUCUCCAUGUUCCUGCGCCGUCCCUUCAAAGAAAUUACCCAAAAUACCUCAGUCCCUCAUCCAGACUUAUUCAAGACCUUAGGUAUCGGAUCAAAUGAUACUCAAAGAGGCAACGCAGACCUCCCAACGAUCGGGGAAUGUGCCGUCCAUCUCGAACUGCUCGAAGUAUUCCGUAACCUGCGUAUCCAGAUCAUCCAGUCGAAGGAGUUAGUCCGCGUAUUCCGUCUCGAUUCGAGCCGAUUAUGGAUAUCGAAACAUCGUAGAGAAACGAAGAGGACGGAAAAGUGGCAUCGGUUCGUGUCGCUUGCUGUUGAGAGAUUUCAGGUCUGGAUCCGUGCAGCGGAGAAGCAGCUUGAGCGUGAUGGAAACAACAAAACGCUUAUACUUCCGCCUGCUGACAUACUUAUGGUUUGGCACGCAUUCCUGCUCAAUCCAUCCGAUUACCAGGAAUUCUGUACAAGCCGUCAGCUUGAUCGAAUUCAGGAACUGCCUUUCCCAUGGGUUGUUAUACACGACUGCAUCAACCCAACCAACUGGUCAUAUACCCUCCCCAGCCCAAACAAACAAUGGCUCAAAUCUACAGCAAGCAUAACAGCAGACCCUCUUGUCAGUCUCACAGACACCAUUAGCGAAACCCAGUCCACGCCAGACCAACCAAACCAAGAAAAACAUCCAUCAAUCUCCCCCGAAAACGAAGCCCUUCUACACAACGUCCUCCGCCAAAUGAAGUUCAUCGACCAGAUGCACGACUGUCUAUGGAUCUCUUAUCCUGACGCCGAAGACAUACUAGAGACUGCUCGAAAACGCUACAACAACUUCGUCGAGUUAUUUCGUCUUCAUCCCGGCGUUAUGCUCGUUCCAACGUUGGAUAUAGAUCUAGUCUGGCAUACGCAUUUGUGUAGUGCGGCACGGUACAGGGAAUUCAUGAUGGUGAGGGUGGGGCGGUUUAUCAACCAUGACGAUAAGUUGGGGAAGGGUGCGCUGGAUGAUGGAUUUGACAGGACGAAGGAGCUGUAUGAGGAACUGGAGAGUCGUGGGGGGGCUUAG